ACAGUAAACUCGAGCCACACCGUCGCGUCGCGCGGGGGGCGGAGGAACCGGAGCGGAGCUCUGGGCCGGCGCCGGCCUCGCCGCCGCCUCGCUUGCUCAGUCGCGCCCCUCGCCCUCGCCCUCGCCCUCGCCGCCGCCGCCGGGGAUGCCGUCGCGCGGGCAACGCCCGCUGCUGCUCCUCGCGGUCGCUUGCGGGUUUGGCCUCCUCAUCUGCCUCGCCGAGGAGGAAGGCGGCGCCGGACCCGGACCCUGUGAGCUCUCCGUCGCUCACGGAGGCAGGCUCUACAGCUUCAGCCUCGCGUCGCCGACGCCGGCGCACCGCCACGGCAUCCUCAGCGAGGACGGGUUUUACAAGGUGGCUGUGAAUGAUUCAGUGCUCUGGUUCCAGCUGUGCGAUCAGAUGAUAUUCAACUUUGACCCACCUGUUUGUCUUAACUGUGAGGACUGUGGUGGUCCUCUAAGGUGUGGCACCCAAUGCAGUGCCCUUGUAUCAAAUAACCGUAGAGAUAUUGGCAUUCAGCAUUUUGCUAUUUCUGCAGGAUAUGAUGUUUGCACAACUAUUGGAAGAGUAUCUAAAUCCCAUAUAUCUCUAAUUGACGAGCUUAAUCCUCAAAAGGGUGUUGUUGUCAAGAUGUUCUCAUCAAAGUGCUCUAUUUCUGUUUACAUCUUUUGUGAUACAACUGUAGCCCAAGUAUCGACUGAAUUUGUUCUAUCAGGAAGUUGUGACUAUGCUACAACACUUAGACAUCCUUCUGGUUGUGCACGGUCCAUGGCUGCUUCUGGAAAUGGAUGGGGCUGGUUAGCCAUUUCAUUUGUAACAAUUUUUUGUCUUCUUGGAGGAUACAUUUUGAGUGGUGCAGUUUAUAGAUAUUAUUUCCUUGGCAUUCAUUCUGUAGAGGCCAUUCCAAACCUGGAAUUUUGGAUCAGUUUGCCACAAACCAUAAAGAGCAUGUUAUUACCUUCAGCAAGAAGUGCAAGAGGUCGUAACAGACAGAUUGAAGAUCCAUAUGCUCCUGUAGACCAUUGAGAAAGAGACAUCCAACAAAACCGUAUCGCCUACUGUACAGUUGACAAACAUAUAUGGACUAGGAGAAGGAGAGCACAGUUGACAAACAUAUAUGGACUAGGAGAAGGAGAAACUUUUUAUAUAUGCCAGUAUGUCAGUUAUGGGCAACUGCUUGUGCUGUACGCGUGGGCAAGAGAAAAGAUAAGAUUGGAACCUCCAAUGGCUUGUUCUAUAUUUGUUCUAUUAUAACGUGUGGAAGUCACACACCUUUUGGCCUUGGCCACAACUUUUGGCAGAUAAAUUGUGAAAUCUAGAAAUCAGUGCACUGAAGACAGGUGAAUCACUCUUGUGAGGACUGAGGACAUACUGAACAUGAUGUGACUGUAUUCUCAGUAGUGGACCAGAUUAUUAUGCAGAAGGAUGAAUAAUAUGAACACUCAGAGGUAGCUUCGCUGAUCUGAAUUGCUGUUGCGUGAUUGUGCGAUGCGCUGCUUUGGAUGCUGGUGCAGAUGCACCAUUCUGAUGUGAUGGGGUGGUGAAGAUGAGAUUUUAUUGCUCAGUCUAAUAGUAGUAGGUACCUAGUUCCAUGAAAUUUUCAUGGUCACUCAUUCUCAAGCGUGUACCGUUCUGUUUUGUCCUUGGCAGAUCAAUUCUGCAGGCUUGAACCUUUUUAAGUUCUGAGUUAUAUUGAAGGUUCUGUUAUGGAAAUAACCUCUCAUAUGAUAUUUGAUUUUAUCGAUCUACAGUACAAC